AUGGCAAAGUCUUUCAACACCAAAUUCCUCUUCAGAACGGGCCCUUAUCAAAUCAUCUCCUCCCAGUUUGCUUCCCUGGAAAACGUUGUUCCGUCAUAUGUGCGAAUCAUGGGCGAAGAUCAGUGCAAUGAUAUCACACCAGAACUUAUCCCAGCAAACCCUCAGGUUGAGCCCUCUGUACUCGUUUUUCAGAUGCAUGCUGACACACAAUGGCCAUGGCAAAUCCCUCAUUCCUUGCACACCAAGUACAUGCUGAAUCCGCGAGCGCAUCCACUUCGGCGGAUACAACGGUACGGUCAUGGAUGCGGUGCGUCGUCGUUACCCGAGCAGCGCGACAAGCGACGAAACGUACAGUCGAUUGUCGGGGAAGACAUGUCAUUCUACAAAGUCACCAGAAAGAACAAACAGUUCUGCAUACCUAAGCAGCUCGGGCGCGCCAUCCAAAUCCAGAGAUGACCGUGGUGUAAUUGCUUUUGGAUCGAGGUGCAUAUAUCGAAGCCUUUGGUGACCUUGAUAAGUGUCAUCCUUUGGUUAACUGAGAAGAUGAGAAGGGUAUGGGGGAGACACAGCUUGCUGAUUCUGUACUCUUUGCGGGUGGAUGGUCAGUUCUUGUCAAGGGUGGUGUGUGUGCUUGAGGUAGUGGGUUGAGGUUCUGGCAUUUGGAUCUUCGAUCGUAUUACUUCAUGGCACUUCUUAUUACCUAUCCUUCGGCUUCUUCCUCAUUCAGUGGCUCAAAACCAUGAGACUCUAUUAUUUUUCUCCCAUCGAAACAUCCUUCCUCU